CGCGUGUGUGUGUGUGUGUGUGUGUGUGUGUGUGUGUGUGUGUGUGUAUGCGUGUGCGCUGGCUUGGCUGUUGGUGAGCGACCAUGACGGAGCUGGCAGUGAAGUGGGCCUGCGAAUACUGCACCUACGAGAACUGGCCCUCCUCCAUCAAAUGCACCAUGUGCCGUGCUCAGAGGCCCAGCGGUGCCAUCAUCACAGAAGAGCCGUUUAAAAGCGGCCCUGUACUGGAUGCUGGCCGCGGGUGGGACCCUCCUCACGAGGACACAGGUGGCAGCAGCCUCCUCAUCUGUCCCGACUCCAGCGCCAGACCUAGGGUCCGCCCAGUCCCAACCUCGGACUCCAGCGCCAAGUGGUCAUGCCAGAUGUGCACCUACCUAAACUGGCCACGGGCAGUGCGUUGUACGCAGUGCCUGUGCCAGAGGCAGAGGGCAUGCAGUCCCACUGAGACACCGCAGACCUCAGGCUGCAGGCCGGUGCCGAUACUCCCUGUGGACCCUUGCGAGGAGUACAAUGACCGUAACCGGCUAAACACAAGGACGGCGAGGUGGAGUUGUGCUGCAUGCACAUAUGACAACUGGCCCAAGACUCCACGCUGUGUGGUGUGUGAUCACCCUCGGCCCAAUGAUGUCAUCCAGCUGUCUGAGCCGGGUGAACCCUCGCUUGUCAUCAAUGAACAGGACCAUGGUCGGCCUCGGGCUGGAGGUUGUGGGCCAGGCGGGCAACGGCGGUCUCCCUCCACCUUCAAACAAGACUCAGAGGUGCAGAUUCAGGACAUCCAGCGCAUCGAAGUGGCUGCCGGAGCUCAUGGCAGCAAGGAGGAGCUGGAGGUGGACUUCAAAAAACUCAAGCAGAUCAAGAACCGAAUGAGGAAGAGUGACUGGCUUUUCCUUAAUGCCUGUGCAGGUGUGGUGGAAGGAGAUCUGACUGCGGUUGAGGCCUACAAGUCCUCAGGGGGAGACAUCGCCCGGCAGCUGACUGCAGACGAAGUGCGACUGCUAAACCGCCCCUCGGCCUUUGAUGAUGGCUUCACGCUCGUGCACCUUGCCAUCCGUUUCCAGAGGCAGGACAUGCUUGCCAUCCUGCUCACUGAGGUCUCUCAGCAGGCAGUGAAGUGUAUCCCAGCAAUGGUGUGCCCUGAGCUGACUGAACAGAUCCGCCGAGAGAUCGCUGCAUCACUGCAUCAGCGCAAGGGAGACUUUUCUUGCUACUUCCUUACAGAUCUUGAGACCUUCACUUUACCAGCCGAUAUUGAAGAUUUGCCCCCUGCAGUUCAAGAGAAGUUAUUUGAUGAAGUGCUCGACAGGGACGUGCAAAAAGAGCUGGAGGAGGAAGCUGCAGUAAUUAACUGGUCACUGGAGCUGGGGACACGUUUAGACAGCCGGCUGUAUGCGCUAUGGAACCGCACAGCUGGAGACUGUCUGCUGGACUCAGUCCUCCAGGCCACCUGGGGCAUCUACGACAAAGACUCGGUGCUACGCAAGACUCUGCAUGACAGCCUGCACGACUGCUCACACUGGUUCUACACUCGGUGGAAGGAGUGGGAGUCAUGGUACUCUCAGAGUUUUGGACUGCAUUUCUCUCUCAGAGAGGAGCAGUGGCAGGAGGACUGGGCUUUCAUCUUGUCGCUUGCCAGCCAGCCCGGUGCGAGUCUGGAGCAGACUCAUAUCUUUGUUCUUGCACACAUUCUCCGUCGGCCCAUCAUUGUUUACGGAGUGAAGUAUUACAAGAGUUUUCGUGGUGAAACGUUAGGCUACACUCGAUUUCAAGGUGUGUAUUUACCAUUGCUAUGGGAACAGAGCUUUUGCUGGAAAAGCCCUAUCGCCCUUGGUUACACGAGGGGUCACUUUUCUGCGCUGGUCGCCAUGGAGAGUGACGGAUAUGACAAUCGUGGCGCGGGCGCCAAUCUCAACACGGACGAUGACGUCACUGUAACUCUCCUCCCAUUGGUUGACAGUGACAGGAAGCUUCUGCAUAUCCACUUUCUGUCAGCACAAGAGAUGGGAAAUGAGGAGCAGCAGGAGAAGUUGCUGCGGGAGUGGCUGGACUGCUGUGUGACAGACAGUGGCAUGCUGGCUGCCAUGCAGAAGAGCUGUCGCCGCCGGAACCACCCCCUCAUCACGCAGAUGGUCGAGAAGUGGCUGGACGGCUACCGGCAGAUCCGCCCAUGCCCCACCCUCUCCGAUGGCGAGGAGGAUGAAGAUGAUGAAGAUGAGUGAGGAGCGGGACAGCAGGGAAGUGCACUCGCAAAGGUGUUCCCUGUGGAUCCACACCCUCAUGUCCUCCGUUAGGGCGGGAAAGGCCUUUGACCAUUUCACAUACUCACUCACUAAAGAAAGGUGGGACUUUUAAAUUGAUGGACAUUUCUAAAAGCCUGCCCCCAUUUCCCCAUAAUGCAACACGAGAACCGCAGCCUCCCUCUAUCCCUCACCCACAGAACUGUGAUCAAAUAUUCUAGAUUGAGAAAAAUGUAGAUGUUUAAGGAAAAAACCUACGUUGUUCCCCCUUCAUUCCAGAGAAUAAACAAAAACAUAUGUUUUUGGUUUAUAUAUAUAUAUAUAUAUAUAUA